AUGAGUUCAACUACCGACACACGAAGCAAUCGCCGAACAUGGUCACCGGCUUACCAGACCGCGCCUCCGCCAGCAUGCCAAACCUUGCGCAAUCUCAACAACGCGGUCGAGUGGGGCAAGAUGUGUGUAUUUGGCAAAGAAGAUGGUGACCCGCUUCCUUUCUCGAUAAACACUGCAUGUAUGCCAUGGGUGACGCCAAACGUCUAUCCAAGCACCGGAGCCUUCUACUCCCCCGCCACAGCAUGUCCAUCAUCAUGGUCCGCAGUCUCAACCGCAACCACCGGCGACCAAUGGGUAUCAGGUGAGACAGGACUGUCCUGCUGUCCCCCCGGCUUCGAAGGAGACGGACGAGGAGGCUGCCGCGUCGGCACCACAGGCUCCUUCCCCAUCCUAGAAUGCGGCGAAGCCGACGCCGAAGAAAACGAGAACAAAGUCUACACAGCCGGACAAUGGCCCGCGAGCGCAACUGCUUCCAUCACACCCUUACAGCUGCGAUACCAAGCUAGCGACAUUGGAUCCGCCAGCGCGUCAGGCAACUCACCAGCGAACACUGGCUCAGGCCCAUCAAAUGGAAGUGGAUCUAGAGGCAAUGGGGGAGGUCUAUCAACAGGCGCCAAAGCCGCAAUAGGCACCGUGAUCCCACUCGUCUUCAUCAUCGGCGCCCUCGCCUUCGCCCUGCUCUACCGCCGCCGGAAACAAAAGAAAGCAGCCAUGGCACUCGCGGCGCGAAACAUGGCUGAGGAAAAAGACACCCGGCCAUCUGGCUCCAUUGUGGCCGCACACGCUUCAUCGCCAGACUCGAAACACGCUCCUGUGCCCGGUAAGCUCAGCGAAACUCCCGAGUGGAACGCUGAACUUGAUGCUACGGACGCGGAACGACAAGGGUAUGCGGCGUAUCAUUACGCGGAGGCGAGUGAGUUGGAUGGCACGGGGAGGGUGGCGAGGAAGCCCGUUGCGCCGGUGGAAAUUGAUGGGGCGGAGGUUAGGGCGGAGGUGGGGGAUGCGUAUUUGCCUUAUAGACCGGGUGGGGUGGAAGGACAAGGGGGGAGGUAG